AUGCCGAUGAUUUUUUUCAUUUUCAAGAUCGUUGUUGUCGUGGCUUUUGGAGUCGAUAUAGUUCACGGGGGAAUAACUUCUAUCAUUGGAAACCCUGUCAAAGUAAUCAAAGAUGAACUCGAUGGACUAACGUUCAUUGAUCUAAGACUCUCUGUUGUCUACCCGUUGAUACAAAGCUUCAAGAACACCAUCUCCUCCGACCCCCUUAACAUCACUGGAUCUUGGGUCGGGUCAGAUAUAUGUAGUUACAGAGGGUUUUACUGUGACAACCCGCCAGACAACAAAACUGCCAUCACUCUUGCAUCCAUCGACUUCAAUGGAUUCCAACUCACAGCCCCAAGUCUUGAUGGUUUCCUUGACCAACUACCCGACCUUGCGCUCUUUCAUGCUAACUCUAACUUCUUUUCAGGCUCCAUCUCUCCAAACAUAGCUAAGCUUCCUUACCUGUACGAACUCGACAUCAGCAACAACUUAUUUUCUGGAUCUUUUCCAAACUCGAUACUAGGUAUGAACAGCUUAUCGUUUCUUGAUAUCCGGUUUAAUCUCUUUACAGGUUCAAUCCCACCUCAACUCUUCACAAAAGACUUGGACAUCUUGUUUGUGAACAACAAUAAUUUCAUUCAGAAACUAGCUGAAGUUCUCGGAAACUCACAUAUUCUAUACCUCACCUUAGCCAACAACAAAUUCUAUGGACCGAUUCCUCGUACCAUCGCCAGAUACUUGUCGGGUUUAUCAGAGGUUUUGCUAUUAAACAACAUGCUGAGUGGAUGCCUCCCUUAUGAGAUCGGUUUCUUGAAAGAAACCGUGGUUUUUGACGCUGGGAACAACCUUUUAACAGGUCCAUUACCAUUUUCGUUAGGGUGUUUGAAGAAAGCAGAAGUGCUUAACUUCGCUGGGAACUUGUUGUAUGGGAUGGUGCCGGAAGUGGUUUGUGCCAUGAGUAGUCUGGCUAACCUGUCGUUGUCUGAUAACUAUUUCAUUCAAGUAGGUCCGAUUUGCAGAGGGUUGAUGAAGAAAGGGGUGCUUGACGUGAGGAAGAACUGCAUCCCUGGGCUCCCAUCUCAGAGGCCGGUAUGGGAGUGUGCGGCAUUCUUUGCAAAGCCGAGGUAUUGUUCUUACAUGCAGACAUACCAUUACCUUCCUUGUUGGUUGCCUCAUUUCGGUGGUUCUCAGAUGAGUCUCACGGAACUGGCUCCUUCACCUUUUUGA